UCUAUGGCAUAUAAAUAAACUCUACUCUACUCUGCUCGUACCGUCACAAUAAAGCGAUGCAAACUGACAAAGUUGUAGUUCGUAUGUGGCGAAAAUUACGCGUUUUAACAGUAAAUUGAUAAUACAACAUUUUGUUAUUUAAAAAGAAUUAAGUCUUUGCUUUAUUCAAAGAGUUUACUCCCGAGUAUGGACUACAGACCAUUCACAAAAAACAAAAUAACAAUGGUGACAAUGACAUUGACCAUGUUAUUAAUGUUCUGACACAAGUGCGAGAAGAAUAUAUAUCUUCAGUUCUCCAUAUGCAAAGGAUUUUGGAAAAACUCAUUACGCCGGAUGACCUUUCUGGAAAUGCUAAACAUGUACUAUGCGAAACAGCAGAUUGUUUGCAGGCUUUGAACAUUAAUGAUCCAACCCCAACUAACAUAGUCCUUCAGAACACAAGGAUGGUGCUGGAAGAGUCUUCUCUUACAAGAAGAAAAUUGCAAUUCCAAAAUAAAUUGCGGCAGCUGUCGACAGAGAAACAAAGAGUUGCGGAUUUAAGAAGAGAUAUUCAGUCUGCAAGGAAACAGAGGGAAGAUUUCAAAGAAGAAGUGAAUCAGAAGGUUGUUGAAACCCAGUUUCUUCAACAUCAGAUAGAAGAAUACAAGAACACGUUAGAAAAACUUAAGGCAGAACUACAGACACUGAGUGUUCCAGUACAUCACAGAGUGAUCCAGGAGAGAGUGGAAGCCAUUGCACAGAUGAAAAACAAAUGUGCCAUGCUACGACAAAAACUUGAGAAGUACGAUGGACUUCCACCAAAUUUGGCACAGGCACAGGAAUUAUUGGCUCAGCUUAAACAGAAACAUGUACAUGCUGACCAACAAGUUAAGACUCAGCUUGUGAAACAAAAAGAACUGACUGCUAGUCUAAUGUCCGUGCCUCAACACCAAGCGCCUUGGAACUUCAGACGCCCAAAAGGUGGACCGGGAAAUACAAAAUACACGAGUUCCUAGAAACCAUAUUUGGAUUGCGUCUGUUUGCGAGACAUGCGAUUUUGGGACCACUGGUUCUUGAGUUCCAGCUCAUUCUCCUUUGCCUGGAACAAAGACCACAGAUAAAUUAAAAUGCUAUUUGUGCACCAAACACUUCUACUGUUUGUAUCUGUAUGGAUUGAAAGCACGGUUUAAGUCAAUCUUUUUACAUCAAAUUAUAUUGAAAAAAUAAUUACAAUGUUAUAAGUUAUCACAAAAUUUUAUAAAAGUGGUGUCCAACAAACAUGGUAAAAACUAAAAAGUGCAACAAAUAUAAAUAUGAUUCCAAAUACAGAGUGUAUCGUCAGUAGAAGUUAUUUUAUGUCCUGUAUUAUGCAGAUGAAAAUUUAGAUAAAUGUAUAAGAUGAAUUUUAGGUUCCCAUGGCAGUGAGUAUGAAGAUAACCAUCUGGGAUGUUGUGGUGUGUAACCUGUUGGAAGUUUUUCAAAAAUUUUGAGGUGCUUGCUAUUUCCAUCAUCAGGGUAAUGGGUAAGUCAUGAUGGAAGCACCAACCUCCUCUGAGACAUUGGUAAAUGUCUUCCAGACUGCACGGUGCAACAUCCCAGAAGGCAGCCAUCCCCUUGUAACAUAUACAUUUUCCUGCCCUUAUUUUUGAAACUGAAACUAAUACAGGCCUUAUGUAGUCUGCAACUGAGGGAAGACAUCUGUUCUGUUUUAGAUGGACUAGUUAAAUUUUUUAAAAUUAAAGCAUAUGUGGUUAUAUUUUUGCUUCAACCUUAA